CCUAUGACAUGUCAACUUUCAUCAGGAGGUAUGCAAAAUAUUUAAACGAAAAAGCAGUUUCAUAUAGAACAGUUGCAUUUGAUUUUUGCAAAUGUAAAAGGGGGAAGGAAGAUGGAAUUCUCAGACAAAUGAAUACAGAACAGUUAUUAAAAACAUUACCAGCACUUCAAGCACAGUUAGACUCCUUGCUAGAAUUUGAUUGUUCUACAAAUGACUUAUGUAAUGGAGUCGUUAAUUCCUGUUUCAUGUUACUCUUUAGAGAUCUCAUUAGGUUAUUUGCUUGUUAUAAUGAUGGCAUUAUUAAUCUCCUUGAAAAAUACUUCGACAUGAAUAAGAAACAUGCUAGAGAUGCAUUAGAUAUCUACAAGAAAUUUCUAAUAAGAAUGGACAGGGUAGCUGAGUUCCUUAAAGUUGCUGAAAAUAUUGGAAUAGAUAAAGGAGAGAUUCCGGACUUGACAAAGUUGGCAAGUCGUUGUGGAGACCUCCCUAUAUUUUCUUCUAACCACGCUCCCAGUAGCCUUCUGGAAGCCUUGGAACAACAUUUAGCAGCUUUAGAAGGACGAAAAGGAUCGGCGUCAGCUGCUUCUGCUGCUGCUAGAGCUACAAAUUUGCAAAAUGCUGUGUCUGCUUUGUCACAUACGAGCAAUGCGUUUGGUAGUGUUGGAGAGAACAACUCGCAGCAGCAAGAAGUAAAUGGUGUCAAAGUUGAUGAAAGUGUCAGGAAAGCCGUUGAAGAGGAGGCUGAAGUUAUGAAUCAGUUAAAGUUUGACAAUGAUUCUCCUCUUCUGUGGGAACAGCCUGCUUGGGAAGAUUCGGAGAGGCGGUUAAAGGAAAUGACCUCUAGCAAUGAGAUGGUAUCUCCUCCUGCUGGUUCUGCCAAAACAAAUCCAUUUCUUUCUUCUCCAUCUGAGCCCGCAAAUGUCAGCGGCUCAACGCCAACCACCAAUCAGAGGAUAAUAGAUUUGUUCAACACCUCCAGCACAGAGAAAAGUUCGACAGAUGGUGUGGCACCAGCCAGUGACGAUUUAUUAUGUCUUAAUAACAAUCUUAGCAGUAAUCCAUUUGCUGAUAGCUUAUUUGGAAAUCAAAAGCCAGCAGCAUCUCCGCAGCAAGAUCAAAAUGCUUUUGCAGCAUUUACUAAUGGUUUUGGAUCAUCUGAUGCGUUUGCUUCUGAUGCUUCUUUUGCUGCAGCAUUUGGUGAUAGUCCAACUUCAGCUAACCAAGCUGCUCCUGCUGACACUCCUAUAUCUUCCACAGCUCCAGAGAAAAACACAACUAAACUUAGUCUUCCCGUCAUGGAACCCUUUGGAGGCCGCUCUACCUCGCCUUCGCCUACUGCUGAACUUAUGAGGGGUGCCGGCACAACGCCGAUCUUGUCCAAUGUGCCAGAGGGAGGCUUCGGAGAAGCAGUGGAAACUGCCGAAGAAGCAGCUGUCCCUGCCACAUCGGCCAGUGGGGAGUCGUCCGAUUUCAUCUGGGGCAGUGGCGCUGCAGGCUCUGCUCAAGCAGCUGUCACCACGACAACUGCGACUAUGAGCGGGGACUUGUUCGGCGAUCCGUUCGAACCCUCCCCUGCCACAUCUACCGUUCCCACGGCUGUCGUGACACCCCUUUCAGUUCAGCCGGAUAAACCACAGCAGACGGAUGCGGCCGACAAGGUAGACCUGUUCGGCUUCGAGGCCAGCGAGUUGGGCGAUUUCGGGGACCAGCCUCCCUUGUCCGCUCAGCCUAUGGCCCCUCCCCCUUCGCCUUUCGGCGGGCUCGACAUGGGAUUGGGCAACUUGGGCAAUGCCCCCAACCUGAGAGCGCAGGCCAUCGCUAAUGCGGUCGGUGUCGCCCUGCCCAUGCCCGCUCAACCAAAACCUCCUUCUUCGGGUCUGGAAGACCUCAACUUUGCGAUUCACCAGGCGAUGCAACCAAAACCGUCUCCGGUUUUGGCCGCCUCUCCGACCAUGGCGGGUGCCAUUUCCGGCCCCAGGCCGGGCUACGUGGGCCAGCCCUUCCCCCCAGUUGGGCUUCCUCCGAUGGGCGGUGCCACUCCUCCUCCCGCCUCUUCCCCUCUGACACGCAUUGACAACCAGCCCGGUGGCGCCAGCACCCCUACCGGUCGAGCCUCCUCCACUCCUGGAUAUGGCACCCCUCCUUCUGGGAUGAGUUCUCCUGCUAAAUCUAUUGCAGGCUUUGCAGCUACAAUGCCAGGUGGUUUUGAUGCAUUUGGUGAUACUCUUCAGCCGCAAGCACCUGUUGGAAAAUCAGCCCCAACUGAGAAAACUGGCUCCAGUAUAUUAAAGGGUGACCUGGACUCAACGUUAGCUAGUUUAGCAUCUAAUCUGGACAUUAAUGGUCCGAAACAAGCUCUGAAAAAGCCAAGUGGACACCAGUGGGGAUCGCCAAAACCUCCUGUCAAAACUACAGGACCCGCAGGCUGGACGGCACCUGCUGCUGUAGUACCGGUGGCACAAGGGACUGCACCUUCUAAUGUUGGAUGGUCUGCUUCGCCUCAACAUGGAUUUCCCGCAAUGGGUCAGCCUGCUGCUGGUGGUCAGUGGGGAGGAGUCAUGGGAGCUGGAGCUCCUGGUGUAUUUCCACAAGGUGCUGCUCCUACCACAGGAAUAUAUCAACAGCCAUAUAUGGCUGGAAGCAUUAGACCCGGUGUUGCCCCAUCGAUGGUUGGGAUGCCAAUGGGUGCUGUUCCACCUACUAGUGUCCCAAUUCAGCAACCCAUGUAUGGUGGUGGCUUUGUUCCUCAGGUGCCUCUUAUGCCCACGGCGAGUCCUGGCAUACCUGCGCAAGCAACAACAGUUAAUGAUCCUUUUGGUGCCCUUUGAAGAGGUUACAGCCUGAUGACCUGACACGAACCGGCUAAAGAGCUUCGGCUUUAAAUAAAUCGUUGCCUUUAUUUCUUUAGCGUUUACCACUUACUGAAAUGUGAUGAAGAAUUAUCUUGUAAAGUAUGAUUUGUUGCAUUGUAUUGUAGCUAUCAUUAUUGUCCCUGUUAUGAAUGUUAGACCUCUCCCAAUAAUUAUAAAUACCUGUGAAUAUAUAUACACUAUUUUGUUCCUACUGUAUAGCUGCUGGCAGUGUUGUAUUUUUCUGACCGACUCUGCUGUAAAACAAUCUGUUUGUGGAUGUUUAAUGUUUAUAAGGUGUAAUCCAUGCAAUUUAGAUUUUGUUGAAAUUUUCUCAUUUUAAAUUGAAUUAUUUUCAUAAAAUUUAGCAAACUUGGACUUUUCUGAAAAGGGAAAAUUUUCUCUGGUUAAAUGCUAGUUGCAAUAUCUUGGACUCUAGUUGUGAAAUUGCAAAAAAAGAUUAUCUUUACCGCUAGUUAUCUGUUUGUUAUUGGUUUAUGCAGUGCCAUUCCUUUACAAUUUUUAAAUAUGUGUAAUAGCCUCUUUAGGUGUGAUCUCAAAUGUUUUGGAAAAUUAUCUCUGUGUAUCACUCUCUGCAACUUGCAUUUAUUUAGAGUAUGUUUUCAUCUAUAUACUUAUAAAGACAUAUAUGACGAAAUCAGAUAUAGUACAUAUAAGUGAUAGUGCAUAUUAUAUAGAAUAUCAUUCAAAAAAGUGUAAAAACAAUGUAUAAGAGAUCUGUGUGCAGAAAAUUGUGGUGAACCAGCAUGCAAUAGCAUCUUCUACAAAAUGUAAUAUGAUUUGUAGAGUAAUAUCUAGAUCUUAUUUUAAUGUAUACAUAUUUAAGAUAUUUAUUUUGUUUGAAUUUUUCAGAUUGAAUAUUUAUGAAUAAAUGCUUAUGUUUGUAAUUUAUUAAUGUAAAUGAAUUUGUAUCUUUGUAUUGAUGUUUGGUUUAACAUUCACUCCAAAUUAUCAUUUGCCAAAACAUGUUAAAUUAAAACUACCAUUCUCGCAUCUUGUUUUCACAUUUUUCAUGUCCCAAAGAUUUCAUGUAAUAUAACUGUUUCCAAUAGUAGUAAAUAUCUAAAGCACAUGGUGGGUACAUAAUAAAAAUAUUAU